UAUGCCAAACAUUUCCACCUCUCAUUCUCCCCGUCGCCACAACCUUUUAUCUCAAAAACAUAUACGCACCAUAUCCAUUUUUCCUCACUCUUCAAAGAAGUUUCACCCAACUAAGCAAUUAGCAGGAGAAGCAGAACCAGGGGGAAAAGGAAUGGCUUCAACUUCGGCAGUUUCUAUGGCUGUGCCACUAACUUAUACCACCAGCCAGAAGAGGGCGGUGCCCAGUUCUGAGGCAUUCUUCAAGGCACCAUUGCCUCUACGGUCUUCAAAGGCUGUUUCAGCAUCAAAAUCCAAUGGAAGGUUUCAAGUGAGGGCCUCCAUGAAAGAGAAAGUUGUGACGGGGCUGACGGCAGCUGCAUUGACAGCUUCAAUGAUGGUUCCGGAUGCAGCUGAAGCUGCUGUUUCGCCUUCUCUCAAGAACUUCUUGCUCAGCAUCGUGGCUGGUGGGGUUGUCGCUGCAGCCAUUGUUGGUGCCGUCAUCGGCGUCGCCAAUUUCGAUCCUGUCAAGCGAAGCUGAGGAAAUUCCGAGGCCCUGCGGGGAUUUUUAGACUUCCUCUCAUCAUUGAUAUGCAAUGUAUCUGUAUUGUUCUUCGGUAAUGAACUCUCUGUUAUGUGUAAUAUAUGACUCUUCAGCUCCA